CCAUCAUGAAAAUAAUAUUUUGUCUUAUUUUGUUCUUGGUUAGCCUGCAUCUUAGUGAGCAGAUCAAAAAUGUAUGUCUGCAGCCAUUGGAUAAGGGCAAUGGCAAAGCCUACAUCCGGAGGUGGUUCUACAAUUCCACGUCGCAAAAGUGCCAGAGAUUCAUCUUCUUAGGUGGGGCACAAAAUGGUAACAAUUUUGAGACCAAGGCUCAGUGCAAAACAGCUUGCCUAUGAUAGAAUACAAGACUUUCAAGAAAAGCAAAGUAUUUAGAAUAAUAUCUGGGAAUUAAUAGCUAAAAUGUCAUCUAAGAAAAAGAUAAAGUCAUUCUUAUAAUAAACAAGACCAACUGAAAUUAGUUAAGAUUUGAAUCUUAUUUAUAAUGUUGAAAAUAAUAAAUGAGACUUAAAUAAGCGGA